AUCCAACAUGGCGUCCAUCCAAGUAACUAGUGGUCCGAAUCUUGACCACUUGAACGAGGAUUUUAAACGUUUGACUGCUUAUUUAGAAAGUAAGAAGGAAUUAAUGGAUGCCCAUAUGGUUGAAUUCUUCACUUCCAAUCACUGGGAAUCCCUUUUAUCGCCUCAACUUAGAGAAGAUCUCGAAUCACUUUCACACAAGCAACUCACUCACCUACCUACUUUGGCUUAUGAUAAUACAUCAGAAGAAUACAGAACACUCGGUGAACACCUGAGAUUGUUUCUCGAGGAAUCGAGGCAAGCUCAACUUAAGAGUUUUACUUGGGUGAAAGAUCAAAGGGAGUUUACUAGCAACAGCAAAGUGAAUUUUAUUUCUCAUAUCAUGACACCAAAGAAAUCGUACGAGGUCGAUGUGAUGUCGGAUGUGAUUAGUAGAUUAGCGAAGCAAUUCCAAGUCAAUAAGGUAAAUUAAAAGCUUGUGAUGGAGCAGAUAUAUUUCUACGCUUUCCAUGGCUAUUGGUUUAAGUAUCUUCCAUCUAAACCCGUGAGAUACAAGUUUAUGGCCUUGUAAUUUCGCUCCAUUAUAUUUUGGUGAAUACUGAACUUUUUUUUUUUAGAUUUUGGAUCUUGGAAGUGGUAAAGGCUACCUGAGUCAGUGUUUAGCAUUGCAGUAUGGAUUAAAGGUAGUUGGUGUUGAUUCCUCUGAUGGCAAUACACAAAAUGCAGCCAGGAGAAAUGAGAGGCUUUUGAAAGUGUGGUCAGGACUUGUCAAAAAGUCCAAAAGAGAGAAUAAUGACUCAUUGAGGAGUGAUACUGUAUCAGAGGCUUCUCCUUCUUGUUGUGAUGGCUCUUUAAAUCUUUGCAACCACUUUUGUGAGGAUAGUGAUAAAAAAAGAGCUUUACACAGGUCUUCCUCGUCAUUAUCUUCCAGUCCACAGGGUGACAGCAGAGUCACAUGUAAGGGAUCAUCUGAUGCUAUCCAUAGAUGCUUAUAUUCUGAGAAUGAUACGACUGGGGAAUUAAAACAAUCAUAUACAUGUGUACCAAACUUAACUUCAUUUGUUCCUGUCACUGGGUUUGUUGAUCAGUCAUAUAUUUCUAAUGGAACACUAACUAGAAUUUUUGAUGAACUGGGAACCCCUUCAGAUGGGGAGAACAUUGAAUGCAAUGGCAUGUUCAUAGUUGGUUUGCACACAUGUGGUGACUUAGCUCCAACUGCACUGAGAAUAUUUUCAAGUGAAUCCUCCGUGAAGUUGAUUUGUAUUGUAGGCUGUUGUUAUCACCUUGUUACACAAGAAGUUGGAGGUAAGAAGAAAUUUUUCAUUCACAUGGUUAUUUUUUUAUUGAAAUGCACUUAGAAGUGUGACUGCAGGUACAUGUAAAAGUGCUUUGUAAAAUAAUUUUUAUAUGAAGUCUUUUAACCUUCUUUUCUAAAGAACAUCGUGUUAUCUAGAGAAUCACCCAUCUUCCUGGCUGGAGGCCCUUAUGAUUUCUGAAUUUUUUACACAGUUUCUUCAAGUGCAAGUACCCUUGCAUAUCCUGGGUGAUGAGACAGCAUGUUACUGCCUAGCAAUUUGUCAAUUUUUGGUGACAGUUUUCUUAGGUACCCCUUUAUACUUGCCUUCUGGUUAACAAGACCGAAGGUUACUGCCUCACAAUGAGUCAAUUUUCCCUGACAAUUUGCAAAGGCACAGAAUUGAUUUACCCUAAUGAUUACUCCUGGGUGAUAACAGAGCAGGUUACUGCCAAGCAAUUUGUCACUUUCCCUCAUGUAAAGUUCCUCAGGUACCCCUGUAGACUCUUGGGUAAUGAGACAGCAGGUUACUGCCUAACAGUUUUAUUUCUCUUUCAGUUUUCUCAAGUAAUCAUGUAUACUCCUGGGUUGUGUGCUGUGCUGUUUUGUGUAUAAUAACCCUGAAAUUGCAAGCUCUUUCUCUGUGCAGUGUUCAACCUGAUUCUAUGCAGUUUACUAAGUGUCGUCAAAUAAAAUGAUCACGACAAGAAGUAAAUACACAUUGUUAUUAGAUAUAUAUAUACUGUAAGUGACUUGCACAACUGUUUGUCAAACUAUAAUUACAGAGUACAGGAAAGUGUUAUGUAGCCAAAGAUUGGUUCCAAUUCCUUGUAUUUCUGCAGCUUUUUCUAGAGGAUCCAUUGAUUCUGAUAACAUUCCAGGUUUUCCAAUGAGCCAGUUCUUGAAGCCAAUUCAACUUCAGAUAAGCAGGAAUGCCACAAUGGUUGCACAGCAGGUGACAAAUUACAUUAAAUACUUGGUUUCUCAAAUUCACCAUUUUACUGCUUUUUACAGAAAUAAUAUCUGACUACUGAAGGUGGAAUGUAUAACCACAUAAAAUAUUUCCACGAAUCACAUUUUUCAGUAGACUUUUAAAAAUUACUCUAGGCCUAUACAGAGCAGUUUACAAGUAUAUUUGACCACUUUCAGAUUUUCAUUAGGUUCUUCCCAGAAAUUCUGGCAUGUGAGGUUUAAAAUCUUGUGCCUUCCAUUUAAAAUGUUGUUAGGCACCCGCAACGGUAAUUUUUAUGACAUACAUGUACGCUGUAUGCAUACAUGCCCAAUUAUGACAUUAAUUUUGUUUUCUUUCAUUUCAGGCUGCAGACAGAAUAUCUUCAGAAUCCCAGGUGAAUUUGUAAAGAAACAGUAUUUACAGUAAUUAUUCAGUCCAACCAUGGAUAAGAGAGUGCAUUGAUAUAAGAGAGUGCAAUGACAUGACAAUUUUGGAUAUAAACAAUUUGUUUAACCUGCAAAAACAGAUGGGUUUGUUUUUGUGAGAUUUCAUAUUUCCUGUUUUGGUUAAUAACAACAUGGUUAGACGACUAACAAUCAGAUUAUAGAUGUUUCAAAGACAAAUAUGGAUAAUUGUAGAAUUUUUCUUUUGUGUUCUUUUCAUAUAGUGUCCCCCUCCUAGUGUUCUGUAUAGAGCAAUUCUUCAGGUAUGUAAUUAUUGCUAUUGUCAUUAUUUAUUACAUUGAGUAAUUAGACAUACAUUGUAUGUUUAAUUAGUCUCUUUUUCUACUCCAACUGGGUGCUUGUGCUGAUGAAGCCAUGGUUUUGAUUGAAAGGAUGUAAGACACAAGAUUUAAGUUGAUUUAGCAAAGAAUCACCACAAAAAUUUCGAAAGGUUUAGGAAGUCAUUGACAUAUUUAGUGAUGCCGUAAGGCCAUUAACCCGCAGACACAUAGGAGUGACUAGCGUAUUAUUUCACCUUACAAUAUCACCCCUGAAUCAAACAUUAAAGUCAUAAGAAAAGAGAAAAUGAUCACCAACCGAAGAAGCUCUUGAUUGUUCAACAAAUUCUCCCUGUUUGUACCUUAGGAAAUGUAUAGAGAACAGUGUAGAGAAUUUACAUACUGAUUUUAGUGUGUAAAGGGUUGAUACAUUUUCAUGUAUGAGAAUCAUUACAAUUCAUUAAUUUUUCUUUGAGGACCUAGCUUGAAGAAGAUGAUAGACUGUACUUUGAGAAGUCUGUUUUCAUAUAUAGAGCCGCUAUGGCAAUAGUUAACUCAAUUAGGUAAAUUUACUUUAUAACAGGUCAUUUUGAAAGAAAAGUUUGGUUUGGAUGGAAGGUUGGUGAACAUUAUAAUUUUGAAGUCCACUUAUUUAUGCAAAUAACUAAACUAUUACAGAAAGGAAUAUGGUAAACAUUUAUCACAAGAAAAGAGAGCAUAUAUCUCUUUCCUACUUACCAGGCAUCACAAUUAUAGUAAAAGAAAUAGCAGCCAACCAUUAUGCAAUUUUGGUUCAUCAAUUAUUCUUGGUUCAGCUUACUCUGUGUGUAGAUUCUCCACAGCAGUUAAUUUUUUCUUGGAAUAACAUCAAGCAAUGUUUAUGUACAUGUAUCUCAUUGUUAAGUAAAGGGUAGUUUUCCUAGAAGAAUGCCCAUCUUAACUUUAAUUGUUUUUUCACACAUUUGUAGUGGAAUGCGAGUUGGCAAAGCUGGUGCAAAAUGUAGGGAUUUCAAGGAGUAUGUUAAUAAAUGCCUUUAUAAGCUUGGAUUGAAGGACAAAAUAAGUGAGGUUUGUAUUGAUAUCAACUUUGUGCUGUAGAGGGCUUUUUGAUUUGGUGUUGCAAAACCAAAACAAACAAAAUCGCAAAGGCCAGCUUAAGGGAAGGAAGGCAUCACAAGGUGCCAACGAGGAAUCAAAGUACAUUGUACAUACAGUCUUUGUCUUAAUUUCUUUGGUAUGUCUUAGCAAUUUUCUUUCUGUUUCCUUUCCUUUGCAUUCUUUCUAUUCCUUUCUCUUUAAUUUUUUGGGUUAAUAAUUAAGGGAGUUCUCAUGGUUUUCUCCCAGAACAAACAACACAUGCAUUUUUUGUGCAAUUUACAGUUGUCUGAUGAAGAAGUGAACUCUUACCUGACAAGAUUUAAACACCAUGAGAGGCAUCUGCAUGCCUUCCAUCAGGUGAGUAGUCAUACACUAUGUUUCAGACUCUUUAUGUUCAUGUGAAAGGGGUGGAGACCAAGCUAUGCAUAGAUGUAAUAUGUGAAAUGACAUACCCAUUCUGAGAAGUUGUUGUAAUCAGCUCUCAGCGAUUUCCUCUGAACUUUCGUUUAUGUGAAAUAUUUGAAAGAGUGAAGAUGAUGUUUUUCACAUUGUGCAAACUAUGGAAAGUGUUCACAUUUGUUUAAAUACCAUCUCAGAGAAGAUUUACCCAACUGCAACAGUGUUACUUGUCUUCAAUUCUCCAGUUUUGCUUUUACAGUUGAUGACAGACUGUUUGUGGCUCUUUUAAUGCUUUGUGCAAUAAAGUGUACUUCAUUUAGAGUUUUUGUUCUUGCUAUUGUGCUUCAGUUCCUCAAUGAAGUCUUCGUGGCUUCAACUAAACGGGAAGCCAUUGUUGCAAGAAAAUUUAAUCAGCAACAAAUCUCAACAAUAAUGCUUUGUUGCUAGGCAACUUAUAACCAAUCAGCAUCAAGUAAUCAUGCCCUCUUGAUUACCAAAAGUGCCCUCAUGAAUAAGAAUAAAUGCCCUCUGUCUCGGGCCAUAAGCAUUCAGAAAUUUUGCCCCACAUGUGAUAAUCACCAAAAACCUGUAACCGACAGAUGGAUUGAUAAUUUAACUUUUCUUACCUUCCUAGCAUCUUUAAUGUCAUUUACAUUCCAUUUACUUUAAUUAGUAGAAGUCCACAAAAAAAAUACAUAUAUAUAUUUUAUAUAUAUUUAUAUAUACUACAUUCAAUUUCUGUUAUCAGUUGAGAGCAGCUAUUGCCCCUUGCAUUGAAAGUGUUUUCCUGCUGGACAGACUUUUCUAUUUACAUGAACAGGUAACCUUUCUUAGUAACUGUCUUUGAUUACUGCUCAUAAUUAUGAAGCUGAUGCAAGCUACUGCACCUCCCCUCUCACAAUUUUUUGUAUUUUGCAGGGUCACAAUUCUGCUUGUAUCGUGCGGCUUUUUGAUCCUGUGAGGUCCCCGAGAUGUUAUUCUAUCAUUGCUUCCAAAGCUUGACAAUUUACUUUCCCCAAAAGAGGAAGAGAUUGUCAGGGAAUGUUUUCAGUGGCAGAGCAAAGAGAGAGUGUCAAUCAGUACCUAGGUAUACCAAAGCUUUGUUAACAUGUCAUUUCGACUCAAUAUACUCGGAUACCAAGUUCCAUUCUUUACAAGGUCAAACUUAUACAUGCAAUAAAUAGCCCGAUUCCUGCGCCUUUGGGUUGUGGAAAGUCUAGUAACAUACGUUGCUUUCUUUUUAUAUCAGGCAUGUUUGACCUUCAUUCGAAUGACCAAGACGGAGAAAUAUAAACUACAAAGUACCACAGACUUUAUAAUAAAAGUU